ACUGAACCGAGUUUCAACGUAAGAGAAUAAGCCCUUUAUCUAAUUAAAACCAAUAAAAAACAAACAAAAACAAAGAAAGGCAAAGCCCAAACAACACAACACCUUCGUAUAUUCCAUCCAGCCCAUAAUCCCUUCUAUCAAUAAUCCUGAUUUCUCAGUCCACCUCCACCCCAACGCCUGUUGUUCUUCAUCGGAAAAAAACCCUAGGAGAGAGAAAAACCCUAGGAGAGAGAAAAACCAGACACCCUCAACAAUGAAGCAAGUACUAUCCUCUGACUCCAUGGAAAUCCCAGAUGGGAUCGACAUCAAGGUCGACGCUAAGAUCAUCGUCGUUUCAGGACCAAGGGGCACCCUCACCCGCAACUUCAAGCAUCUGAACCUUGAUUUCCAAUUGGUUACUGAUGAAGAAGGUAAGAGGAAGCUGAACAUUGAUUCAUGGUUUGGAACCAGGAAAACUUCAGCUGCUAUUCGUACUGCUAUCAGUCACAUUGAGAAUCUUAUCACCGGUGUUACCAAGGGUUAUCGCUACAAAAUGAGGAUGGUUUAUGCUCAUUUUCCCAUCAAUGCCAGUAUUACUAACUCUAACAAGAGUAUUGAGAUCCGUAACUUUCUCGGCGAGAAGAGGGUCAGGAAGGUUGACAUGUUGGACGGUGUUACUAUCUUGAGAUCCGAGAAGGUUAAGGAUGAGCUUGUCUUGGAUGGAAGCGACAUUGAACUUGUUUCUCGAUCUGCUGCUUUAAUUAACCAGAAAUGUCAUGUUAAGAACAAGGAUAUCAGGAAGUUCUUGGACGGUAUCUAUGUCAGCGAGAAGGGAAGGAUUGUUGAAGAGGAGUAAGCUAUGGCUGAGACUGAUUAGAUACAAUUCUAGGCUGAUCAAAUAGGAAGGAAAUUUUGAGUUAGGGGUAUUAGUUUAAGUACUUUUUAUAUCUUGGAUUGACCUCAAAUUAUGGGUCUAAAAUACUGUAAAAUACUCUAGUUAAGUUUUGUUUGAUUUGACUGAUGUUUUUUGGAUAAACCUUGUUGAUCAUUUUCAACAUGGAGUUAUAGUUUAUGAAUAGAUCCUGCUUACAGUUGUUACA